UUUGUUGUUUCUCGUCGGCAGCAAAUGUUUGACGCUGCGUCGUAUUUUAGUGAUUUUCUCAAUUCACGGUGAUUUAAACUUUAAAAUUUUGUGAUUUAUCAUCCAUGUGAGUCAGCGUUAUAGCUUUUAAGUUAGACUUUGUCUAUUGUUCAGUUAUAAAGCCAGAAAGUGCCUAAGUGGAACGUUGUGUAGUGGUCAUAACCUUUACUUGUCAUCCCGGUGUCUUCUGCUAGUGUAGAGAGCUUUGAGAAACAUGGAUUGAAGUACCCCAACCACAUAUUUAACUUCAAGCGCAAGUGUACAUUAGUGUGACAAUGAAUAUGGCAUGGACGGUGUGGCUGGUGGCCUGUCUGGCGCUGGCGCAGGUGAGCGCCGAGCUCCCAGACCAGGACUGUCCAGAUGAUUGUGACUGUCACUACUGGCGCAUCAACUGGGUAACUGACUGCUCGGAGAGUAACCUCACCUCGGUGCCUACAGUAGAGGAGGGCCUCAGUCUAGGCGUGUACCUACUGAACAUGAACGCAAACAACCUCAGGGAGCUCGAACCUUUCCCCAACGACCUGAAGGUACGUAGUCUUCAGUUGGCAGAGAACAUGCUGUCAACCGUUGGUAAGGAUGACUUCUCCAGCCUGAUGUACCUCAUAGACAUCGAUCUGACGGCCAAUAACAUUCACUCUGUUCAUCCUGAAGCCUUUGUGAACAACUUUGGUCUGAUCCAACUAGAGCUGGGGAUGAAUCCUCUUGAGCCAGUAGACGGACCAUUUAUCUACUCUAAAUCUCUCCACUACCUGGACUUGAGUGAAUGUACCCUGACAAAGCUGAACUCUCACUUCUUUCAAAACAUCACAGCUAUCAACCGUCUAGACCUCUCAGGCAACCCUCUGGGAGUAAUAGAGGCUGGGAUAUUUGAUGACCUCAUGAGCUUAGAGGACCUAAAACUGAAAAACUGCAGCUUAACCAGAAUCGACCCGUUGGCUUUUGUUCUCAAUGAACAUCUAAAAAGGCUUGAACUGUCAGAGAACAAUCUGGUUGGACCAAUUGAUUGGAUUUUAGUCCUAGGGCCACUAAUGAGAGUAGAGUACCUGGAUCUUCGAAGGUCUGGAAUUGUGAACCUUCCAGAGAAUCUGUUCUUGAACAACACCUACUUGAGAAGUUUGAUUUUAGCUGAGAAUGAGCUGAGAGAUUUGGAUGUGUCUUCUACCUUGAGCAACAACUUGCAACAUCUUGACUACUUGGAUCUGUCCAACUGUCGAUUGAAAGGCCCACUGUCCGAGGAUGCUUUUGCGAAUGCGACCAAUCUACGGACGUUGUUACUGACUGGAAAUCGUCUUUCAGCCGCAGAUUUGGCUGUCGCUCUAGCACCUUUGUCUCGCCUCCAGAAACUGUCUCUGAAAAACUGCAGUUUAACUAGAUUACCCGCUGACACAUUCCACAGAUUUUCGUGCUUACAAGAACUAGAUAUCUCAGAAAAUCCAUUGAACGAUGCCUUUACAGGACUCUUGUCUCCUCUAGAUACCUUAGAAUAUUUGAACAUGGGCAACAGCAAUCUUGGUAGGGUGUCAAAAACUACAUUCUCAAAGAUGACAGCCUUGAAAACAUUAAUUUUGUCUGGAAAUCCUUUGGAGAGCUUAGAACCUGGUUUGUUCCAAAAUUUAACAAAACUAGAAGUUUUGGAACUCAACAACUGUAGUUUGAUCCGCUUGAAUUCAACUGUAUUCCCUGAUAACUUUACUUAUCCAGAUUUAGAAGAACUGAGGCUAGCACAUAAUCCAUUGAUUGUUCCUUCCAUCGGAUCAUUUUUGCCUAGACAAUUGAGAAGACUGAAAACCUUGGAUUUGAGCAAUUGUAAUUUGACUUACAUCAGACCAGCAGUACUAAAUUCUUUCAGCAAUAUCACAAGACUUUUACUAGCCGGUAAUAAUUUGACUGUAACUAAAGAAGAUUCUCUUGAGUUUUUGAGGAAUCUUCCUGAUUUGCAAUAUCUCGACUUAAGUUCAAACAGAUUGACUUACAUCAAACCCUCCGUUUUCUCAAACAACAGAGAUUUGACCGGCGUAAAGCUCGUCGGGAACCCUUGGAAAUGUGGAUGCAACAUUGCCGACAUGUGGAGGUGGGCCAUGCAAGUAAAGGGGGACGUAGGAGUCUUGAUAGGCUCUAGAACAACACCUGAAGAGAUCCGCUCUCUAACAGGCAAAAGAAAGAAGGGACUUUGGUGUCAUUUCGACAAGAAAACAGCACCCAUCAAGAACAUUGUUCAUAGAUCAAAAACUGGAAGAACCGAAAUAAACGAUAACGUCAAUAGAACUUGGUUCAGGUACGUAAGGGAGUCAGCUUGUGAUGUCGGAGUUUCCAAGGUGUCGUUAGACAAGAGUGUGCAAGCGGCGCUGAGUAGUCCGGAGAACGCGAAGGUGGUGGAGUUGGACGAGUCCCCACCUGUCUGGGUGUUGGUCAUCGCAGGGUUCGCCUCACUAGUGCUCAUCACCACCGGAGUAGCUUGGGUGUAUUCGGUCUCCAAGCGAAGGAUGAUCCCCCAUGUAGAACUAGUCAAGGCUCCGUCGUGCUCCAGUGACGAGCGUAGUCAAACAUCUGUCCAGCCGAGCGUCCUCACGCUCCCAAAGCAUAAUAAUUCAGAGGUUAAGCACAGAAAAUGACGAUUCAAGUCUGAAGAUGACUCAGAAGUGGAGAAUAUGACUCAACAUUCGGUGUCCGAGUCUAGCAUAGCAGAGUGGUGGCUGAAAUUGGGUGACACUCUAGCUACAUUUAGCCAGUGAUUGCAAAAUAAAACACGCGUCCAGAGUAUGUUAAUAAUAGUUUGUAACGUUGUAUAAGAAAUAAAUGUUCACUUUUUU